UGGAGCCAGAUUGUUGCGACACAUUUUUGACUGAAACUGGAAGUCAUGGAAGUCCAAGACCUGGUAAGGCGUGACUGGGAUGUUGAUUUCUACGAUGACACCAGCUUAAACUGUCCUGUUUCGGAGCAAAUUGCCCAUGUGUGGGACAAACCAACAGUGGAUAAGUGCGAAAGUUCUCGCUCAUUUGCCAAGGAUGCAAGGAUGAGACUUGACUAUUUGAAAUUUGGAUCCCAAGUACCCCGCGGGGCCAAAGAGGGAGCAAUGCAUCAUGGUGAGAGUGAAAAAAACCACACUGUGUUGGAUUUAGUGGAGCUUCUUGAUAUCAAGGAUGAGGUGGAAGAUGAAGAGAGCUGGCUAUACGAGUCUCCGGAAACGGCAACAUCAGCCGAGUCUCCUCUCAGAUGGUGUCGACAUGUCCUGGAUAACCCGACUCCUGAGACGGAGGCUGCAUGUCGUUUGCUGACAAAUAAGCUGAACCAAAGUUCAAGCCAGAGCAUCUUCUACAGACAGCCUGCAGUGCAACCUCAGAGGGAUCCAUAUACGGGAAAAACAUCUGUCGACGCUACGCGCAACACCUCUGACAGUUCAGAAAACAAUAAUGUGAGUAUGACCCAUGAAGCCAUAAGCAGCAAUUACAAACUGGAGGACAUCACCGAUGUACACAUCAUGGCUCGUAUACAAGAAGAAAGUUUACGACAGGACCAAGUUUCAGCUGGAACUAGCUCCGAGCCACAAGUCAGACUUCGCCAGCAAGUCGCCCAGUUCAAGUUGCUUAAAAGAGCUCAGAAUGGAGCCAGGACACAGUCCCCCUUGCGGACCAGCCUUCGCUCGCUCCAAGCAGUGAGAAACAGUCGUAGUUUGGACAUCGACGACUACCUCCCUGCUCAUCAAGCAUCAAACACCUUUCUUCCAUCAGCUGUCUCCUCUUCCAGAAUGGAGCGGCAUUGCGGUCCUUCGUCCAUGAACGCCAACGACUCGUCAUCACACUUGGAGAAAAGCUGUUCAGUUCAGAAGACGGCCGUGAGGGAGGUGCAGAGGUCUCAGUCCCUCAGCCCCCGCAGACUCCCUCAUUCUGCUAAGAGAUAUUUGUCCUUCACUUCAUGUGUGCAUGCAUCACCUGAGAGGAUAACAAGCACAGCUUGGGGCAGCAAAAUGUCUUCCACUCCACGCUGAAUGUUUAGGAUGAGAGGAUAACACUACAGUAUAGUCUGCUUACUUCUGUGCUGCAAUGUAUCCUGGAAAAAGUCAUAUGUGUGUGUGAAUGUGAGUGGAUGUUGUCUAUCUGUGUUGGCGAUGGGGUGGCAACUUCUCCCACCCAGUCCACCCUCCCCCACCCCGAGAGGUACAGGUGGUAGAAAAUGAAUGGAAGGAUUGCUAUGAUGUCAUGCACUUCGCAACUAUUAUCUGCUGUUAUAAUCUUCAUUUCUAGCAUUUAAACUGAGAAUGCAUGCAGUUUCUGGGUCCAUUCCACAACAUUAAAUGUGUAUGAUAAAAUUAACUGUAAAAUAGUUGUUUUUUUUAUUUAUUACACAAAGUAUAAUGCACAUUGACCUGAAUGUACAUUUAAUAAAUAUGAUUUAAUUUGAAUUGAACACUGAAAAAAACAUUUGUUACCUGCCCUUUAUCUAAAUUAGGCUUUAUUAUGAAAUACACUGUAAAAUAUUUCUUACAUGUUUGUGUUACUCCUUAUCCAACUAUAAUUUACAAAUAUUUUUACUAGUAUUUUUGUUAAAAUUCCCACUUUAGUCCCUGGGUUUUUACUCAGCCCUGUUACCCUAACAGGGUCAAACUCAAGGCCGGAGGGCCAGAUCUGGCCCGCCACAUCGUUUUACGUGGCCCGAGAAAGCCUGAAAGUAAUGUGCAUCAAUAAAGUACUUCAUCUUUCUUACUAAACGUAUUUGUUUUUUUUAAUUUUGACCGGAAAAUUGCAUGUAUUGCAUACAACUGCAUGUCUUCUAAACUAUCUGACCUUGCAAAAAACAUUAUAUUAACACAGAGGUGUCCAAAGUGCGGCACGCAGCUCCAGUUUUGUUGGCAUAUUGUUGGAUAAAAAAAACAGUAAUAAUGCAAAAAAAGAAAACAUUUGUGAUGUAAAAAUGUUAUACUAAUAACUCAGGGGUGUCCAAACUUCUUCCAACAAGGGUUGCUUACUGAAAAGUCAAAGUAUGUGGGGGUUAUUUAGAUUUUUUUUUUCCGUAAAGAAAAAAGAUUAAAAAGGAUGUUAUACAUUCUGUAUUUAAAGACAAAAUUUAAGGUCAGCUUCUUGUUAUAAGUGACACUGACAGUGUUUUAUUAUAGUAUACAAAUUUUAGAUUUGGAUUAUUAUGUCUUUUUUUCACAUUUUUACUGUUGUUUUACCUGCAUCUGUAAUAAUUAAUAAUUGUACACUUUGUCACCUAUAAAACACAGCUGGCACUAAGUUGUAUCUUUAAUUAUAUGUCAUGUGUGUUUAAAGCAUUUUCUUACCAAAUAAAAAGAUAUCAGAAUGGUUCCCACAUACUUUGACUUUUUAGUAUGUUGUAAAAGGUUUCGACACCCCUUUAUUAGUAACAUACAGUCAAGAAAAUAAGUAUUUGAACACCCUGCUAUUUUGCAAGUUCUCCCACUUAGAAAUCAUGGAGGGGUCUGAAAUUUUCAUGGUAGGUGCAUGCCCACUGUAUGAGAGAUAACCUAAAAAGAAAAAUCCGGAAAUCACAAUCUAUGAUUUUUUAACAAUUUAUUUGUGUGAUACAGCUGAAAAUAAGUAUUUGAACACCAAGAUUAAUAUUUGGUAGAGUAGCCUUUGUUUGCAAUUACAGAGGUCAAACGUUUCCUGUAGUUCUUCACCAGGUUUGCACAGACUGCAGGAGGGAUUUUGGCCCACUCCUCCACACAGAUCUUCUCUAGAUCAGUCAGGUUUCUGGGCUGUCGCUGAGUAACACACACUUUCAGCUCCCUCCAAAGAUUUUCAAUUGGAUUUAGGUCUGGAGACUGGCUAGGCCACUCCAGAACCUUGAUAUGGUUCUUAUGAAGCCACUUCUUGGUUUUC